AUGUCUAUCCCAGCAAUCUAUUUUGCUUUUCACGUGGACACUGCCCUAUAUAUUUGGGGUAAAUUGAAAGAGGCGCCACGAAUCUUCUGGCUAAAGACUGAGCACAAGCCAAAGAAGAAGUCUGAUGAUGAACCACCCGUCAGAAACCAAAAUGCAAUGAUUAAGAUAUAA